AUGCAAUCAACUAAGUCCUCAAUCUCACCUCUUCCGCCGUCUAGUCCUUCUGUGGACUUGGAUCUAGACUCACGCAUAGAAAGGUUAAUCACCCGACCAACACAUACUCCAGAUCCUGUGCCUCCUCCCCCUCCGCCGCCGCCACCCCCACCGGUACCGCUUCCUCAACGAUCGCAUACAGACAAUGGUCACACAACUCACCUACCCCCUGCCCUUCUUGCUCGUCGAACGGCCAUAGCAAACAAAUUGGCUGCUGCCAAGGCACUAGGAAGUCAUGCAUCUUACGACGUGGCAGAUUCCAUCAGUUCCACUAUAACUGCACCGAAAGGCGAUGAUGAAAUUUACGAUCUUCUAGNUACAUUCAAAUGUGCGGCAAUGGUUUACGGAGUUCAUUCGCAGUGCUCGUUUGUGUUGUGGGUGGCACUCCUGCAGCCAUGUUUGGGCUCCUACUAA